CCUUCCCGCCGCGGGAACCGCUCGGGGCGCAGGGCCGCGCGCCGAGCCCCGCUGGCUGCAGCGCCGCGGCCCGGCCCGGAGCACGGGCAAGUUCGCCGGGAGUUCGGGCGAAGUUUGGGCGGCCGAGCUCCCUUCGGCGCCCCGCCGCGCCCAGCCCCGCCGGGGGCGCCCCUCGCCGCCCGCGCGCCCUCCCCAGCCAUGUCGUCCAUCCUGCCCUUCACCCCCCCGAUCGUGAAGCGCCUGCUGGGCUGGAAGAAGGGCGAGCAGAACGGGCAGGAGGAGAAGUGGUGCGAGAAGGCGGUCAAGAGUUUGGUCAAGAAGCUCAAGAAGACGGGGCAGCUGGACGAACUGGAGAAGGCCAUCACCACGCAGAACGUCAACACCAAGUGCAUCACCAUCCCCAGGUCCCUGGAUGGCCGCCUGCAGGUGUCCCAUCGGAAGGGGCUCCCCCAUGUCAUCUACUGCCGCCUGUGGCGAUGGCCCGACCUGCACAGCCACCACGAGCUGCGGGCCAUGGAGCUGUGUGAGUUCGCCUUCAACAUGAAGAAGGACGAGGUCUGCGUGAAUCCCUACCACUAUCAGAGGGUAGAGACCCCAGUUCUACCUCCUGUGCUGGUCCCACGCCACACAGAGAUCCCGGCCGAGUUCCCCCCGCUGGACGACUACAGCCAUUCCAUCCCCGAGAACACAAACUUCCCCGCAGGCAUCGAGCCCCAGAGCAAUAUUCCAGAAACCCCACCCCCUGGCUACCUGAGUGAAGAUGGAGAGACCAGUGACCACCAGAUGAACCACAGCAUGGAUGCAGGUUCUCCAAACCUAUCCCCGAAUCCGAUGUCCCCAGCGCACAAUAAUUUGGACCUGCAGCCUGUCACCUACUGCGAGCCAGCCUUCUGGUGCUCCAUCUCCUACUAUGAACUGAACCAGCGCGUUGGGGAAACAUUCCACGCCUCGCAGCCUUCCAUGACCGUGGAUGGCUUCACCGACCCCUCCAACUCAGAGCGCUUCUGCUUGGGGCUGCUCUCCAACGUCAACCGGAACGCGGCCGUGGAGCUCACGCGGAGGCACAUCGGGCGAGGCGUGCGGCUGUACUACAUUGGAGGGGAGGUCUUCGCAGAGUGCCUCAGCGACAGUGCCAUCUUCGUCCAGUCGCCCAACUGUAACCAGCGCUACGGCUGGCACCCGGCCACCGUCUGCAAGAUCCCACCAGGGUGCAACCUGAAGAUCUUCAACAACCAGGAGUUCGCCGCCCUCCUGGCUCAGUCCGUCAACCAGGGCUUCGAGGCGGUCUACCAGUUGACCCGGAUGUGCACCAUCCGCAUGAGCUUCGUCAAGGGCUGGGGAGCGGAAUACAGGAGACAAACCGUGACCAGCACCCCCUGCUGGAUCGAGCUGCACCUGAAUGGGCCUUUGCAGUGGCUUGACAAGGUCCUCACGCAGAUGGGCUCCCCAAGCAUCCGCUGUUCCAGUGUGUCUUAGAGACACUGGGUGUGAAGGGGGAGGGUGGGGGGAGGGUGGGCUUUGGGGGGAAAGGCCGCAUAGGAGAAAAUUGGAACUCACUAUUGUCAAUGAAGAAGAAAUUUUUCUCCCUCAAUCAAAGCGGCACUGACCUGUUUUCCAAAACGCAAAAGCAAACCCAGAGAUGGAUUUUCUGAAACAGCUGUGUCUGCCAAACACAUGUGUCCUCUGGUCCCCGUUUGCAGGGCAAGAAUCGGCUUCUGCUCUGGCGGCUUGAGCAAACAGGUAGUAGUUCACCACCUGCCCCCUCCUCCCAGCCCCCUUGGAUUUAAUGACAGCAAUCUGGGAUGUCACUGUCCAACAGGAAAUGGCCCUGGGUUCCGGACUGGAGCGUGAAACUCACCUUGGGUGUUCUAGGUGGGACAGAGCCUGCAGGGGCGGGAGCGAACCUCAUGCCUAGCCCUCUGGCGCUUGUGACCAGUGCUUCAGCUGAGCAUUCCUGAGCCCCAGCACUCCAGCAGACCCUGCACCCGAGGAGCCGGAUUGACUUGGGGUGGGGAGGGGAGCGCAUCUGUCCCCUUUCCUCUGACAGCGUCCCGAGAAGGGUGAGCCAGCGUGCUCAGAACAUGCGCUCGCGGACAGUGGGGAAAGUGGACGAGACCUCUCCUCUCAAAUUUGUCCUUUCUCACUUGGAACGGUUGGGAGAACUGCUGAGACUCAGCGCUUAUGCAAUGUAUAUUUUCUCUUCUCGCGUUAAUCUCAGAGAUUUGAAGCACGUGAGAUGGUCACGUGAGGCAGGAGGCAGCUGUCGCAUCAGUGGGGUCUGAGUGGAGGCGACGCUCCAUUCCGUGGGUCUGCAGUCCUCUGUAGGAGCUCACUUGCUAUUCUUAUGCAUCCGGCUUUCUUGGUUUACGUAGUCAGUUGCAUUAAUUAAAUGAGCUUUGUCGUA